AUGUCGGACACUCUUCCUGAAAUGCAAUAUCGCUUCCUCGGCCGGACUGGGCUGAAGGUCUCUGUUAUCUCGUUGGGUAGCUGGCUCACUUACGGCGGUCAUGUCGGAAAUGAAACUGCCCUUGAAUGCAUGAAGGUCGCCUACGAUGCCGGCAUCAACUUCUUCGACACAGCCGAAGGAUACUCAGGCGGCCAGGGCGAGAUUGUCCUCGGACAAGCGAUCAAGAAGUUCGGCUGGAAGCAGAAUGACCUGGUAAUCUCGACCAAGCUUUACUGGGGCAAAGCCAACAGCGCCAACCCAGACAAACCCCUCAACAACAACGGCCUCUCACGCAAGCACAUCAUCGAAGGCAUGAACCUCUCGCUCCAAAGACUGGAUCUCCCCUACGUGGACAUUGUCUUCGCGCAUCGCCCAGACCGUGACACGCCCAUGGAAGAAAUCGUCCGCGCCUUCAACUACCUCAUCAACAACGGCAAAACGUUCUACUGGGGCACAUCAGAGUGGUCCGCUAGCGAGAUCUCCGACGCCUGGCGCAUCGCUGAUAGACUCGGACUCAUCGGUCCAGUCGUCGAACAACCGCAGUAUAACCUGCUCGUGCGCGAGCGCGUCGAGAAGGAAUACCGCUGGUUAUACGAGGCGCAUGGGCUUGGAUUGACUAUUUGGUCGCCGUUGAAGGGUGGGGUUUUGACGGGGAAGUAUAAUGAUGUCUCUGCGCCGCCUGAGGGGUCGCGGUUGGCUGAGUCGAAGGAUGGGUAUGUGCAGAAUUUGAAGAAGACUGUUGGGGAUGAUACUUGGCAGCGGCAGCUUGAUCAGGUUGCGGCGUUGAAGCCUAUUGCUGAGGGGCUGGGCGUUUCGCCGGCGCAAUUGGCUCUUGCUUGGGUUUUGAAGAAUCCUAAUAUUUCGUCUAUGAUUACUGGUGCUUCGAGGCCGCAGCAGGUUACUGAUAAUAUUCGGGCUUUGGCGGUUGUGGAGUUGUUGACUGAGGAGGUUGUUGAGAAGAUUGAGGCUGCUCUUGGGAAUGCGCCUGCUGUCGAGACGAGACGAUUCUAA